UUUUUCUCGUAAAAGCAAAUGACAAACCCUUUCAAAAUAACUGUGAGCGUUGGAAAGCGAUUAAAGUUACCAGUCCACCAACUUCAUCUUGCCUCCAGAAGAACAAAACUCAAAGUAUUUCGCAUUGCUUUUAUAAUUGUCUAUCAUAUAAAGUACACAUCUAUAUGAUAAGCUACAACAUCGAUGAGAAGAACUGUCUGUGCUGUGCUGACUUCCCUGGCAAUGUUUCUUAUGAUCUCAAAUGGAAAUCUUACAUGCCUCCCCAUUGUCCGCCAGGAUACACUGUUUACAAGUACUUGUUCUUUGAGAUCUGCUUGAAGUUUGUACCAUCCUCAUCUAACCAUUCAGAAGCAGAUACCAAUUGUUCUAAUGAGGGCGCAGAACUACCAAAACUUGAUUCAUGGGAGAAGUACAACAUUUUUAGAAGUCAUAUGCGACAACAAAGACUCAACUACCAUUAUACUGUAUGGCUUCAAGGAGAGGAGAUUGAUGGCGUAUGGAGAUUUCGUGAUGGAACUUUUUUCGACAAUAACUGUAAAACCAUCAGACAGACGAAUUAUCCGGAGGAGACCCAUUUGACGUCAUCAAGUGAAACAGAUUUCGGCUGCGAUGACGAAGAUCCUGCGAACAAACAUCAUCACGUUUGUGAAAUUUAUCGUACUUUUAAAGACUUUUAAUGAAACUCCUCUGCUUUAGUCUAAGGAAAUGAACGAAACACCAUUAUUUUCACGAGAAAACAUUUUUUUGUAAAGCUUGUAUGGUUUUCUUAGAAAAUUAUU